CGAAGGGGCAGAGGAGCUCAGAGGAGAUGCAGCUCCGCUGGGAGGGGAGCGAGCGAGGGCCUCUCCCAGAAUACCCGGUGCAGCAUCUCGAGAGGUCUGAGCAGGCUUUGACCCCCGGAGCAUGAACACCAAGCUGUUCGGUGCUGGGCUGUGUUAGCAGGCCCCUCAAAGGAAUUGCGAUGGCUGCAGCGGCGACAGCGUCUCACCUGAACCUGGAUGCUCUCCGGGAAGUACUGGAAUGCCCCAUCUGCAUGGAGUCCUUCACCGAGGAGCAGCUGCGGCCCAAGCUCCUGCACUGUGGCCACACCAUCUGCCGCCAGUGCCUGGAGAAGCUCCUGGCCAGCAGCAUCAAUGGCGUGCGCUGUCCCUUUUGCAGCAAGAUCACCCGCAUAACCAGCCUCACCCAGCUGACGGACAACCUGACCGUGCUGAAGAUCAUCGACACGGCGGGGCUCAGUGAGGCCGUGGGGCUGCUCAUGUGCCGGUCCUGUGGGCGGCGGCUGCCCCGGCAGUAUUGCCGGAGCUGCAGCGUGGUGUUGUGUGAGCCCUGCCGGGAGGCUGACCACCAGCCCCCUGGCCACUGUACGCUGCCCGUCAAGGAGGCGGCCGAGGAGCGGCGCCACGACUUUGGAGAGAAACUGGCCCGUCUGCGGGAGCUCAUGGGGGAGCUGCAGCGGCGGAAGGUGGCCUUGGAAGGGGUCUCCAAGGACCUGCAGGCGAGGUAUAAAGCCGUUCUCCAGGAGUACGGGCACGAGGAGCGCCGGGUCCAGGAAGAGCUGGCUCGCUCUCGGAAGUUCUUCACAGGCUCCCUGGCAGAGGUUGAGAAGUCCAACAGUCAAGUGGUGGAGGAGCAGAGCUACCUGCUUAACAUCGCCGAGGUGCAGGCUGUGUCGCGCUGUGACUACUUCCUGGCCAAGAUCAAGCAGGCAGAUGUCGCCCUCCUGGAGGAGACCGCUGACGAGGAGGAGCCCGAGCUCACGGCCAGCUUGCCCCGGGAGCUUACCCUCCAGGAUGUGGAGCUGCUUAAGGUCGGCCACGUUGGCCCCCUCCAAAUCGGGCAGGCUGUUAAAAAGCCCCGGACAGUCAACAUGGAAGACUCCUGGGCCAUGGAAGCCGCAGCUUCUGCAGCCUCCACCUCUGUUACGUUUAGAGAGAUGGACAUGAGCCCCGAGGAAGUGGCCGCCAGCUCUCGAGCCUCGCCCGCGAAGCAGCGGGGUGCCGAGACAGCUGCCAACAUCCAGCAGUGCCUCUUUCUCAAGAAGAUGGGGGCCAAAGGCAGCACACCAGGCAUGUUCAACCUCCCAGUGAGUCUCUACGUGACAGGUCAAGGCGAGGUGCUGGUUGCUGACCGAGGCAACUACCGAAUACAAGUCUUUACCCGCAAAGGCUUCCUGAAGGAGAUUCGCCGCAGCCCUAGUGGCAUCGACAGCUUUGUGCUGAGCUUCCUUGGGGCUGAUCUGCCCAACCUCACUCCUCUCUCAGUGGCCAUGAACUGCCAUGGGCUGAUUGGUGUAACUGACAGCUAUGACAACUCCCUCAAGGUGUACACCUUGGAUGGCCACUGCGUGGCCUGUCACAGGAGCCAGCUGAGCAAACCCUGGGGCAUCACAGCCCUUCCAUCUGGCCAGUUCGUGGUAACUGAUGUGGAAGGUGGAAAGCUCUGGUGUUUCACUGUUGACCGAGGGGCAGGGGUGGUCAAAUACAGCUGCCUCUGUAGUGCUGUGCGGCCCAAGUUUGUCACCUGCGACGCCGAGGGCACUGUCUACUUCACGCAGGGCCUGGGCCUCAAUCUGGAGAAUCGGCAGCAUGAGCACCACCUGGAGGGCGGCUUCUCCAUUGGCUCCGUGGGCCCUGAUGGGCAGCUGGGUCGCCAGAUCAGCCACUUUUUCUCAGAGAAUGAGGAUUUCCGCUGCAUUGCUGGCAUGUGUGUGGAUGCUCGUGGUGAUCUCAUUGUGGCUGACAGUAGUCGAAAGGAAAUCCUCCACUUCCCUAAGGGCGGGGGCUAUAGUGUCCUUAUUCGAGAGGGGCUCACGUGUCCAGUGGGCAUCGCCCUCACUCCUAAAGGGCAGCUGUUGGUCUUGGACUGUUGGGAUCACUGCAUCAAGAUUUACAGCUACCAUCUGAGAAGAUACUCCACCCCUUAGGGGAGAAGAGAGAACAGUUUCUUCUCCCUAGCCAGCUCCCUACCCACUCCCCACCCCCACCCUCAUUCCUUGGAUAUCGGUGGUAUUGUAGAGUGCACUUGGCCUAUGUCUUCAUUCCCGCUGGGUAGUCUUAGAAUUUUAGAAGCUUUGUCGUUUAGUAGUUGUUUUUGUUUUGUCUGUUUUUGCAUUAUUUUCUUCCUAAAUUUAGAGCUUUAACAGAUGCAUUGCCCCAAAUAAGACAUAUGAUAUGGGGUUAGCUGAAGUUUGAUUAGAAUUUAGGCACCUCUGAGACUUCAGUAGAGAGCCUCUUACCCCUGUAUUUGAAAUUUGCUUAUACUGAAUCCUUGAUGAUUUCCCUUUUGGCUUUGUUAAUAAUCCUGGUCCCAUAUUUCCCUCCUAUUAUAAUGUGCUUUAUCUGUGGUACUUUCUCUUCAACUCUGCAUUUAGUGUGCAUGCUCCUGUGGGGUCCGCCCCCCUUUCAUUUCAGACAUCACGGCCCUGUGGCACAAUGUCUACAGUCUCUUUACCUUUGCCAGAGUGAAAGCUCUUUCAUUUAGUGCCAGCAAGGGAGAUACACAGUCCUUUUGGGAAGCAGUACCUCUUGGCUCUGGGGGUUUGGGGCCAUCUUGGAUUGGUCUCUAAUUGCAGAUGUGACAGAGAAUGGAUUGACCCUAGUUGGUUGGUAUCGAAGACUUCAUCCUGGAAACUGCUUGCUUUUAAAGGAGCAUAUAGACUGGAAUUCUUUCAAAGCACAGAAAGAUGGGAAUAAACACAAAUGCUAAUAUGGUCAGUAAACACUCCUGGAGAGUUCAUCAUUUUUCAUAUUACCUCUCUCCACUGACCCGUGCUAAGAGUUUGCAGAACUGUACAACACAGGCCAGGGCCAGCAGAGUGGGGAGGUGGGCACAUCGUAUUUUCAUUACUAAGACAAAACUGUUGGGUCUUUAUUCUGUAUUUUCCUCAAGUGACUGCACAGUAUUGGCUUUUGAGAUUUAUUUCCAUUCCUCUACCAAGAAUUAAAUAAUUGAUAACUGUUUCUUCAUCACUGGUGUUCAUGUCUUUUGAUUAACUAUUAAAAUUUGAGAGAUGGAGAGAUUUAAGAUUUGAGAGAUGGAGAGAGACAAGUUGUGGCAUGCUGUUUUGCUUCCAUACCUGACACUGCAUUCUUUGAGAGCGUUAGGAUCUACACUAGUCCAAAUUCAGCCUAAGCCACCAUUAUGGAAAGAUAAUCCAAAUCUUUCUCUCACCCACAGGUACACAGAAUCAGCCCCCAAGGUCGGUAGAGUCACCAGCGCUCUGUUAGGAACUGAGCCUCUACCAUUUGCUUUUAUCCUUAAAAUUACAUUUCAAAAUGGAAGCAGUCUUGUCUUUAAAAAGACCAAAAGUGGACAAGGGAAACUGUGACAGGGUUUCUCAGGCUUUGUCUUUGCUAAGCAACGUAUCUUACUCUUUAGAUUCAGGGCUGAUGGCAAGACAAAGAACUAUUACCUUGCUUUCUAAAGAAACUAAACUUGCUAAGCUGGGCUACUCAAAACUGUGUUUUGUUGUUUUUGUUUGUUGUUUGGUGGUAGUAUUUUUUUUUUUUUUUUGGCCUGUGUUGUAAUAGCUGUCAAAGAAUAGGAAAGGAAAUAAUUGGUGAGAUGUUGAACUAGUUUGUCAUGUGCUUUUCACCUGGAGAAAGCCCCAUGUUCUGACUAUGAAAUCACAUCCAAUUUCCAAAGAUCGUAUAAUUGAGAAGAAAUUGAUCCAAUUAAAAGUGCAUCACAAAUAGCUGCGUGAGUUAUUAGCACCACUUUAUCUGUGACAGCACCUGGUAGGAGGAGAUCUGUCUUUGCUGCCAGUGGGGGGUCGCUGAGGCAGUAACAGUGGUACAGGCCUCUGGCCCAGGGUCUGCAGCACAGAAAGGUAUGCCGUGGGUUGGCUUCACGUAAACGGGCUGGAAGCCCUGUAGCCGCUGAUGCUUUUGAAAGGAAGUGCCAUCGCUAGUGUGUCCAGCAUCCCGGGCUUCCCUUUGCCAAACUACACACAUUCCGUGGUCCUCAAGUACAGCAGGCAUCUGCUGGCUCGGAAUGGACAGAAGUGUCAUCUGAAUAUUUUUCUUUCUUUGAUGUAAAUAUUUUAGGCUGUGCUUAGUACAAUCAAUUUUCAAUUAUCUACUGUGUUAACUAAAUUUCAUACAUAGCAUGGCCCCAGGACACUGUUUUCCUCAAUUAUAGCCAUUUUUGUGUGUUGUUUGUUUGGAAGCACUAGUGCCCUUAUUCAAAUAAAGUCUCACAUGAAAGUCUUCUAUGUAAAGUAGAUCAAAGCACAGCUGCUCUAGGUGAAGCAGGUCUGUGGGCCUGGAAAACAGGCUUUAUUUAGCCCCUCAUCUAACUUCCUGCUUAUUCUUACAAAACUCUUGCAAAUCUACAGUACACGUUCUGAAAACCAUUGCUAACCUUCCACGUGGCCAUGGGCGAGUCAUUUCACCUUUCCCCUUCUGGAAAAUGAUGGAAAUGAUUUUUCACAGGAAGGGUGUAAAGUAGGAGACAAUGGAUGUGAAACUACUUGGAUGUAGUUCUCAGCAAGUGAUUGCUAUUACUGUCUUCACUGAGUUGUUCAAAAGAGCGGCAUGAGGUGGUCCAAGCACUCUAAACUUUACUUUCCCUCUUUCCUAUUUUACAGGUUCCUAAUUGCCAACCACAACUUUUCUCAGACAUUUCCUUACCUCGUCACCUGUUCCUUUCUAUUAUCACUCUCCCUAUUUUACAUUUCUAGGAUUGUAGAAAUUGCUGUGAGCACAUAGCAUGGUGCCUUACACGGAAUAUAUCCUCAGUUAUUUAAUUGGAUGCUGUUUACUUGCUAAUGAUGAUAGGUGUCCAGUAACCUUAGUCUUCUUAACAUAGCCCCUGUAACAUUGGACAAACCAGUAUUCCUAGGCAAGCCCAUUUAUAAGGUACACAAAAGACUAAAGGCCAACAAAUUACUCAUAGAUUGUUUACGUCCCUGCCUCCGUUUAUCAUUCUGAGUAAUUAACACAACUUAAGGUUUUAGAGCAAGGAUACAUUCAUUAUUUGUUGAGUACCUGCUGUGGGCCAGGCACUAUGGGAAGUGUUCAGAAAAAAAGAUUACUUUAAUAAAUGAUACGGAUGCGCCUAC